AUGGCGAAACAGUUCUUUAUGGCUCCUAGUAGUCUAUUCGAUUUCUCUCCGACCACAAACAUAACAUCAUCACUAGUUGUAGGCUUCAAAGAUGAAGAAAAAAGGGCGAAACAAUUCUUUAAAGCAGAUAGUCUUUUUUCUCCGGUGAAAAUCACAGCAUCAUCACUAGUUGAAAACUCCAAAGAUCAAGAAAAUAGUGCGAAGCGGUUCGCUCUUAGUCUUUUCACUCCGGCGAAAAACACAGCAGUUGGAGACUCGAAAGAUGAAGAAAACAGUGGGGUUUCAUUGGAAAAGAUGAAAGUAUUAAUGGAGUCCACUAGUUGCAUCCCACAACCAAGAACCAUGGAAGGACGUUGCAUAACAAGAAAACCUGCAGAAAAGGUUUCAAAACCAUCUUCCAUUAUUAUCAUCAAGAAAAGGAAGAUGAUGGGUGAUAAUAACCCAUGUUGCUCUCUGGCUCCCAAACCCAAACAACAGAAGAUUGUUUAUACCAGUGAAGGAGAAGAAGAAGAUGAGACAAAAUUGAGGCUGUAUGAAGAACCUUGGAAAAUCAAGAAGAUACUAACAAAAAGUGAUGUGAAUACUUCAUGUAGGCUCUUGUUAUCUCAAGAAUCAAUCCACAAACAUAUAAUCCCUCUGUUCAGCGCUAAACAAGCCACAGAUUGUGGGACUGUAAAUGGCACAAAGCUUAAGGUUUUUGACUUCGACACAAGGACUGAACAUGAGUUGACGCUCAAGAGAUGGAAGACAGACAGCUAUGUGCUUACCAGUAGCUGGAUCAAAGAGUUCAAAAACAGGAGGAAGUUGCAGAUGGGUGAUGAGGUUGGCCUUUUCUGGAAUCCAUACCUUUCAAGACUCUAUUUUUCCCUUCUCAAAAAGGCAGCUGCCUAG